CCCCUGGUGGUGAGCGCUACGCGCUGUGGACAAACGUCUGCGCUGCACAGCCAUGGAUGUAAUCUAGCUAGGUUGUGACAAAGAUGCUGCAAACUUUCUUCUGUUUGUCCUGCCAGAGCCAUUGAAAAGACACAAAUGCUUGCUAUGACAUCGGAAGCAGAGCUCAGCUGGAUGCAGUAGAGAUCUCAGCCAUGUACUCGGAAUGGAGGUCUUUGCACCUGGUGGUGCAGAGCGAUCAGGGUCACGUCAGCGUCUUGCAUUCGUACCCGGCCUCUGUGGGCCGUGACGUUGCCAAUGCGGUCUUGCGCCCGCUGGGGUCCACACUGGGAGCUUCUGCCUCUGAGUGCCUCCUGAAGACAGAUAAAGAGGUGAAAUGGACUAUGGAAGUAAUAUGUUACGGUCUGACUCUUCCGUCGGACGGAGAUACAGUCAAGCUCUGUGUGGACGUCUACACGGACUGGAUCAUGGCACUUGUGUCACCAAGAGACUCCAUACCACAACCCAUCAUUAAAGAGCCCAACCUUUAUGUCCAGACUAUCCUCAAACAUCUUUACAACCUCUUCCUGCCAAGGCCCGAGCACUUCAGCCUUAUGCACUUCAAGCUGUGUCAGCAGGUGCUCACUUCAGUGCAGAAACUCGCCCGGGAUUCCUCCUCUAUGGCCCGAGAGACGUGGGAGGUGCUGCUUCUCUUCCUGCUUCGUAUCAAUGACACACUGCUCGCCCCACCCACUGUGGGAGGUGGUAUAGCAGAGAAGCUGGCUGAGAAAUUGAUCAGUGUACUGUUUGAAGUUUGGUUCCUGGCCUGUACGCGCUGCUUCCCAACACCACCAUACUGGAAGACCGCCAGAGAGAUGUUAGCAAAUUGGAGACACCACCCACCUGUGGUGGAGCAGUGGAGCAAAGUCAUCGCUGCUCUUACCUCCAGACUGCUGAGGUUCACCUAUGGACCAUCCUUCCCUCCUUUUAAAGUGCCAGAGGAGGAUGCAAAUCUCAUACCUAUAGAAAUGGACAAUGACUGUGUAGCACAGACUUGGUAUCGCUUCCUACACAUGCUAAGUAAUCCAGUGGAUCUCAGUAACCCUGUGAUUGUGAGCUCCACUCCCAAGUUUCAGGAGCAGCUGCUGGGGGUAAGCAGUGUUCCCCAGGAGGUGAUCCAGCACCCAUGUCUCAAACAGCUGCCUCAGAUCUUCUUUCGUGCCAUGAGGGGCAUCAGCUGCCUGGUGGAUGCUUUCCUAGGUGUGGCAGUUUUUAAGAAAAACGAGAUUCAUGAAACGCUGCCCUCUUAUGGAUCCGCAAUGUCUAGGAGAUAUAUUCGAGACAGACUUCCCUCUCUAGGUGUUGCUGCAUUUCGAGACAGACUACCAUCUUAUGGUAUAUCCAGACCCCGCUCAGACAGCGCUCCACCCACCCCUGUUAAUCGGCUAAGCAUGCCGCCACCCCCAACCACCACCAACACCACACCCCCUCACAGCCGCAGACACAGACCUUCAGCGGUUAAUAAAACCACCAGCAAAGCCUCUACGACUGGCCAGUCCAAAGUGUUGCACCAGCCGUCCUCCACCUCUCCUUUGUCCAGUCCCAAUCAGACAAGCUCAGAGCCGCGCCCGCUGCCUGCUCCCACCAGACCAAAGGUCAACAGCGUGCUGAACCUUUUUGGCCAGUGGCUGUUCGACGCCGCGCUCGUUCACUGCAAACUUCACACUGGCCUCAGCAGAGAAAGCAGCGUGACUGGUAAGGUGUUCACAGCUCUUGCUACUCAGGCCGGAGUAGAACUGAGGAGAAAAGGUUCUCAGAUGUCCACUGACACCAUGGUGUCCAAUCCCAUGUUCGAUGCCAACGAGUUUCCGGAUAAUUACGAGUCAGGUCGAGCCGAGGCAUGCGGAACGCUGUGUAGAAUCUUCUGCAGCAAAAAGACCGGAGAAGAAAUUCUACCUGUCUAUCUGUCCAGAUUCUACAUGGUUCUCAUCCAAGGCCUUCAAAUUUCCGACUUCAUCUGCCGGCCAGUUCUGGCCAGUAUUAUCUUGAACUCCUCGCCUUUGUUCUGCUCCGAUCUGAAAGGGAUUAACGUAGUGGUUCCGUACUUUAUAUCUGCACUGGAAAUCAUUUUACCUGACCGUGAAUUGGUCAAAUUUAAAUCGUAUGUAAACCCCACUGAACUGAGAAGAGCUUCCAUUAACAUCCUGCUAUCCAUGCUGCCCCUGCCUCACCAUUUCGGCAACGUUAAAUCUGAGGUACUUUUGGAAGGGAAAUUCAGCAAUGAUGAGGGUUCGCUUAAUGAUAAGCCAGUCUCCUUCCUUUCACUGAAGCUGCGACUGGUCAAUAUCUUGAUUGGUGCCCUGCAAACAGAGACAGAUCCACUCAAUACACAGAUGAUACUAGCUGCAAUGCUGAAUAUUGUUCAAGAUUCUGCACUUUUGGAGUCUAUAGGCGCACAAACCGAAGUGGGAAGCGUGGACAGCAGUCAUUCUUUGGCUAAGAGCCACAGUCGCAAUAAUAGUGGCAUCAGUAAUUCUAGUGCAGGCAGCUCUGAGGCCACUACUCCAGACAGCGAGAGACCUGCUCAGGCCCUUCUGCGAGACUAUGCUCUCCACACAGACACGGCAGCCGGCCUGCUGAUCCGCAGCAUCCACCUGGUCACCCAAAGACUCAACUCACAGUGGAGGCCUGACAUGAGCAUUUCGCUUGCUGCCCUGGAACUGCUUGCUGGCCUCGCGAAGGUGAAGGCGAGUGCGGAGUCUUCGGAUCGGAAACGAGCUGUGAGUUCAGUUUGUAGUUACAUUGUGUACCAGUGCAGUCGACCUGCCCCACACCACUCUAGAGACCUACACUCCAUGAUCGUGGCUGCCUUCCAGUGCCUCUGUGUGUGGCUCACAGAGCAUCCUGACAUGCUCAAUGAAAAGGAUUGUUUGAUAGAAGUGUUAGAAAUUGUUGAACUGGGCAUCUCGGGUAGCAAGUCCAAGACGGGCGAACAGGAAGUGAGGUAUAAGGGCGACAAAGAACAUAAUCCUGCCUCUAUGAGGGUCAAGGAUGCAGCCGAAGCCACACUCUCAUGUAUAAUGCAGGUGUUGGGGGCAUUUCCAUCUCCCAGUGGUCCUGCUUCCACCUGCAGCCUGCUGAAUGAAGAGACACUGAUUAAAUACUCCAGGCUGACAUCCACAUCUCACAGUAACUUCAGAUACUUUGUCCUUGACAAUUCGGUCAUCCUGGCCAUGCUGGAGCAGUCCCUCGGCAACGAACAGAACCCAUGUCCUUCUGUCACAAUGCUGAUUCGAGGCAUGUGUGGUCGUCAUGCCUGGACAAUGAAACUGUUCCACCAGCCUCGAGGAGCCAGGGCCAAUCAGAAGCAGGUGUUUGUUCCUGAGGGUCGGCCAACUCCCAAAAAUGACGUCGGGAUUCGUUUUAAUGUCAAACACAGGCCGUUCCCAGAAGAGGUGGACAAGAUCCCCUUUGUCAAAGCAGACCUGAGCAUUCCAGACUUGCAUGAUAUCGUAGAUAAGGAGCUGGAACAGCAGCACGAUAAGCUGCGUGGUGUGAUGGAAAAGCAGAUAGAUUAUGAGACCAGUCUGGAGCACUACACAGAGGAGCUGUGGAGGAAUAAACCUUUCCCCGACCCUCUUACUGACUGCAGGCCUCCCCCUCCAGCGCAGGACUUCCAAACAGCUCGUCUCUUUCUCUCACAUUUCGGCUUCCUGUCACUAGAGGCGCUCAAGGAGCCAAAUAACAGUCGUCUGCCUCCUCAUCUCAUCGCUUUAGACUCGGCCACAUCAGGCUUCUUUGAUGACGUUGGCUAUCUGGACUUGUUGCCGUGCAGACCGUGUGACACAGUAUUCAUCUUUUACAUGAAGGCAGGCCAGAAGAGCAGUCAAGAGAUCUUAAGGAAUGUGGAGUCUUCAGCAAGCGUGCAGCCACAUUUUCUGGAGCUGUUGUUGUCUCUUGGCUGGCCAGUCGAAGUGGGGCAUCACCCAGGCUGGACUGGGAGUGUGUAUACCAGCUGGACCAUAAACACAUCUAAUGGCACGGACACACCAGAUGAGUUUGUGGCUGUGGGAGAGACGGGAGGAGGAAUUUUUAACGGUGAAAAAAGAGUGCUGUACUAUGCUGACGCGCUCACCGAAAUUGCCUUCGUGGUGCCCUCGCUCACUGACUCCUCAGCGGAGUCGUCUGAGAACAGUUUCCCAACAGCGGACUCUGAUUCCCAAAUUGAGCUGAUGCCCAACCUACUGAACCAACCCAACCUGACACUGGAGCUCUUUCCCAACCACUCUGACAACAUGGGACCUUCACAACGGUCUCCCUCAGUGAAGAGUAAGAAAAUGGCUUCAGGAAGGAGUAUACCACCUCUGGGUCCCGAGACUAAAGUACUUGUGGUGUGGGUGGAGCGCUAUGAUGACAUAGAAAACUUUCCUUUGUCCGAGUUGCUGGCCGAGACCAGCACAGGAGUGGAAAGUGCAGUCAACAGCAGUGCUUCCAGACCAAGCUCAUCAGAGAAGGAUGUACCAGUCAUAUUUAUCCACCCACUAAAGACUGGUCUCUUCCGCAUCAAGCUGCAUGGAGCCAUGGGGAAGUUCAGCAUGGUCAUUCCCCUCGUGGACAACAUGGUGGUCAGCAGGAGAUCACUGGGUUUCCUAGUAAGACAGACGGUAAUAAACACGUGUCGGAGGAAGAGACUGGACAGCGACUCGUACAGCCCUCCGCAUGUACGGCGAAAACAGAAAAUUGCUGAAAUCGUUAACCGUUACAGGAACAAACAGCUGGAGCCUGAGUUCUACACGUCACUGUUUCAGGAGGUUGGAGAGAAGAGCUUAAACCCUUAAACACACACACAGCACAGCACAAGGCUCUUUUUUUUCCCAUGGUGGAGAGUUUGCUGUUUUAUUAAUUGCCUAAUGGCCUAUGUUCAUUGCCCGUGUGACAGCGUGUUAGCUGGUCCGAUUGCUGACAUGGAAAGGAUGCUCUUCCUUUUUCUUAUUACUGUAUUUCACAUGUUUUAAUUUUUUUCCAUCAUGGGAGACCCAUAAAGAAGAAGCAUAGAUGCAAAACCUUUACUCCAAAAUCUAUUAUUCAUAAUAAACACUAAUGUGAGUGUUUCUUCAGACACAGUCACACAUGUACACUAGUGCCAGUCUGUGUUGAUGCAUAACACGUCUCUUUUCUUUUCAAACUCAGGUGGUUUUACCAUUUUUCAUAUGCAUUGACAUGGUCAUGGUCAUGCACUCCAACAAGCUGACCUCAGCAUCAUUCAUGUUCUAUCUCUUUCUCUUGCUCUCGCUCUCUGUCUGUCUGUCUCUCUCUCUGUCGUCUGUCUGUCUGUCUGUCUCUCUCUGUCUCUCUCUCGCUCUCUGUCUGUCUGUCUGUCUCUCUCUGUCUGUCUCUCUCUCUGUCUCUCUCUUGCUCUCUGUCUGUCUGUCUCUCUUUCUCUCUGUCUCUCUCUUGCUCUCUGUCUGUCUGUCUGUCUCUCUUUCUCUCUCUCUUUCUCUCUCUCUCGCUCUCUCUCUCUCUCUCUCUCUUCAUUCUAUCUCUACUUUUACAUUGACUUUGACUUCACAGAAGUCCUUAUGCUGAUACUCCGUUCAAAGAUUGUUUGGCUCUUUCUAUUUUAUGUAUUUAUAUCAGUUAGAAAAAUGACUUUAAAAAUCCACACGAUUAUUUAAAGUCAACAACAAACUACUGAACUCUCCAGUACAGCGUCCCAGACGUUUGACGCUUACUACCAUCCUGUUUAAUCCUGUGAUGCGCUUUCGAGUUUUCUGUUUUUUUUUGUUUUUUUUUAAUUUCUUUUCUUUUCAGCCUAAUCGAGACAUAUUUUCAACUGAAAGUCAUAAGGGCUAUCUUUUGGUUUCAUUUUAAGUUUCCUGAUAAAUGUAAAUGAUAAAUGAGGUGUCAUGUUUUGUUUUGCUUUUUUUGUUUUCAAUUUCUGCUGGAUGUCAGAAACACUGGUCAUUUUUAGACGUUAUUUACAUUUUUUCAUUCCUUAUUUUUAGAUUAAAAAGAUUAUUUGAUCAGAUCAUGUUUCAUCUCUUCUUCACACAGAGAUACGUGUAGUGUCAUCUUGCCUUCCUCGGUGUGUUUUGACAUGUAGCUUUUAAAACACACAUCACUACAGAGAACUUGACUGAAAGGAACGACUGUUAAAACGUUACUGUACUGGUCCAUGAUGCUCAUUCAGGUUAUCUUGCUUUUUCUUUUUUUCCAUGUUUUAUUUCCCUAAAUUUGAGAAAAGAAAAACAUCUGUAAUUAAUAAAGGACAAGUCUUGUGCUAUAAAAGUGUAAAUCCCAAUCUAAAUAAAAAAACAUUUAACACUGAUAUUGUACACAAAUAUUAUACACCACCUCAGUUUUUAUAUCAAUAGAAAAACUAUUUCAGCUGAUAAAAUGAAAAAUUGAACCAUUUUACUAUAAAAGACAACUUUACUGAGCUAUGUUUCCCAACACACAGGACUUGGACCUUUAUUCGGUUGGUUAGAGACGCCCGUCUUCUCAUUUCUGUAAAUAAUGAAGGCAUCGACUUUGUAUAAAGUUGGACUUUAAAUGUAAAUAUAAGGGUGUGAAGUUUGCUCACUCAUCUUAUUCUAUUAGGAAAGGCACAAAAAAAAGAACGCUUGUUUGUAUUUAUGCCGAUCAUAUAUGUGUCCUAAAGAAACACAUUGGGUAUUGAAUGUAACACAUAUAAUGAAAUAAAGAUUUUAAGUAACUUCUUAUCAUAA